AUGUGGCUAACACCCACUUCCUUCCUCUUGACCUCGGGCUGCGCACUUAUUACGAUUACGCUCAAAGAACAUCUAAUUUUGGAAAACAUUGCAUUGGGCACAAUGUUUACUGUACCUCAAAGUUCCAAAUCAGAGUUUCUGGACAAAGCCAGACUUGCCAGGGAGGAGAGAAAAGGACAGAAAGAAAAGGAGAAAGCAGCAACCACGAUUCAAGCUGUUGUCAGGGGUUUCGUUUGUCGUUCCAAGCUCCAAAGGGAAUUAAGGAAAGAGAUUGAUGACUAUUUUGAAAACUCUGAGACUACAACAUCAAAAAGAAAUGCACUUUCUAUUUUCAAAAUUGCCCGGAAAUUAUUAUUCAUAUACCGUCUGGAGGAUAAGCAGCGAUUCGAAAAACUUUGCCGUGCUAUUCUUGCGAGUAUGGAGGUUGAAAAUGAGCCUAAAGUUUGGUAUGUGUCAUUGGCACUUUCUAAAGACCUAACUAUUGCCUGGCUCAAACAGAUAAAGGAUGUUUUGUGGACUUGUUGUAUCUUGCUUAAAAAGUUAAAGCCUGACAUACUUCAGGACAAUAAAAUCAUAACCUUGUAUCUUACCAUGCUGGUGACUUUCACUGACACCUCUACUUGGCGAAUAGUCAAAGGAAAAGGUGAAGCACUAAGACCUGCUUUAACUCGAAUCUGUGAAAAUGUUAUGGGACAUCUUAACCAAAAGGGGUUCUAUUCAAUAUUACAGAUUUUACUGACCAAUGGCUUAGCACGUUCUAGGCCAUCUCUAUCCAAAGGAACUCUAACUGCAAUUUUCACCCUGGCGCUGAGACCAGUUCUUGCGGCACACUUUUCUGAUAACUUACUGAGAUCAUUCCUAUUGCACAUUAUGUCAGUACCAGCAGUUGUACAUCACAUAAAUGUUCUCACACCAGAGUGUAUGGCAACUAUUCAGACACAUGAUCUCCUACGGAAAUUUAUUCUGUUUCUAAGCCGUGAAGAACAGUGCUCAGAUAUAUGUGUAUGUUUAGAGGGGAGUCAUACCCUCUGCUUACUAGGAAACCUCAUUCACCUGGGAUACCAUAGUGAGAAAGUCCUAGAGGAAGAGGCAGGUCAUUUUGUGAAGGAUCUGACUGACAUGCUGUCAUACUGUCAGAGAUAUGUCUCCCAAAAGAAAUCUAAUCUCACUCACUGGCACCCUGUCCUGGGCUGGUUCUCCCAAAGUGUUGACUAUGGUUUGAACGAGUCAAUGCCACUGGUCACAAAACAACUUCAAAACUUGUGGGGUGUUUCAAUUAUUCGGACACUUUUCAAUGAUGUUCUUUCCAAAAAACUGGAGAGCCAAGAGCCAACUCCUCCUUCCCCCCAAUCACCCCAGCCAAGCACAUCGCAAAACAAUCUACCUGUUAAAAACCUCUUCAGGCGAGCUUUUCAGAAGUCGGCGUCAGUGCGAAACAUCUUGAAGCCAGUUGGAGGAAAACGUGUUGACUCUGCAGAAGUUCAGAAAGUGUGUAGUAUUUGUGUGCUCUAUCAGACUGCCUUGUCUACACUAACGCAGAUACGCCUUCAAAUACUUACAGGUCUAACACAUCUGGACGAACUUCUGCCUAAGCUUUGGGCUUUCAUCUGUGAGCUUGGGCCACAGGGCGGGCUCAAACUGUUUAUGGAGUGUCUAAAUAAUGAUACAGAAGAGUCCAAACAGCUCCUGGCCAUGCUGAUGCUGUUCUGUGACUGCUCGCGACAUCUUAUCACUAUUUUGGAUGAUAUUGAGGUGUAUGAAGAACAAACGUCUUUUAAAAUAGAAGAACUCCUCACCAUUUCUUCUUUUCUCAACACAUUUGUCUUUAAAAUGAUCUGGGAUGGCAUUUUAGAAAAUGCAAAAGGAGAAAAACUGGAGUUAUUUCACAGUGUUCAUGGGUGGUUAAUGGUUCUUUAUGAGCGUGACUGUCGAAGAAAAUUCACUCCAGAUGAACACUGGUUGCGCAAGGAUUUGAAGCCUAGUGUGUUAUUCCAAGAACUGGAGAAAGGAAAGAAGAGAGCCCAACUUCUUCUACAGUACAUACCACAUGUUAUUCCUCAUAAAAAUAGAGUGCUGCUGUUUAGAAAUAUUGUGACUAAAGAAAAAGAAACAUUAGGAUUGGUGGAGACAAGUUCUGCAUCACCACACGUCACUCAUAUAACAAUCCGUCGCUCGAGGAUGUUGGAGGAUGGGUAUGACCAGCUGCGAAGAUUGCCUGUCAAUUCUAUCAAAGGUGUGAUCAGGGUGAAGUUUGUGAACGACCUGGGAGUCGACGAGGCUGGAAUAGACCAGGAUGGUGUAUUUAAAGAAUUUUUAGAAGAGAUUAUUAAGAAAGUGUUCAACCCAGCGCUAAACCUUUUCAAGACGACAAGCGGAAAUGAACGACUUUAUCCCUCUCCCACAUCGUAUAUUCACGAAAACCAUCUGCAGUUGUUUGAGUUUGUUGGAAAGAUGCUUGGGAAGGCUGUGUAUGAGGGGAUUGUUGUUGAUGUUCCCUUCGCCUCAUUUUUUCUGAGUCAAGUCUUGGGUCACCAUCACAGUUCAUUCUACAGCUCCAUUGAUGAGCUGCCGUCACUGGAUUCAGAGUUUUACAAAAACCUUACAUCAAUAAAGCGUUAUGAUGGAGAUGUGGGAGAUCUAGGACUUACUCUGUCUUAUGAUGAGGAUGUCAUGGGGCAGUUGGUUUGCCACGAAUUAAUGCCUGGAGGAAAAACUAUGCCAGUUACCAAUGAGAAUAAGAUCAGCUACAUCCACCUCAUGGCUCACUUUCGGAUGCACACACAGAUUAAAGAUCAAACUAUUGCUUUCAUUCGCGGCUUCCGCAGUAUCAUUAACCCUGAGUGGCUGCAUAUGUUUUCUACACCCGAAGUCCAGCGCCUCAUCUCAGGAGACAAUGCAGAGAUUGACCUAGAUGAUCUUAAGAAACAUACUGUUUACUAUGGAGGCUUUCAUAGCAGCCACCGUGUUAUUAUCUGGCUCUGGGACAUUUUGUCUUGUGACUUCAAUGCAGAGGAGAGGGCCAUGUUCCUCAAAUUUGUCACCAGUUGUUCAAGGCCACCACUUCUUGGUUUUGCUUACCUAAAGCCCCCGUUUUCAAUCCGCUGUGUAGAGGUUUCAGAUGAUCAGGACACUGGUGACACACUGGGCAGUGUCCUUAGGGGCUUUUUCACUAUUCGCAAGAAGGAGCCUGGAGGUCGACUACCCACCUCAUCUACAUGCUUCAACCUGCUCAAGCUGCCAAAUUAUAGCAAAAAGAGCAUUUUACGGGAUAAACUCAGAUAUGCUAUUAGCAUGAACACAGGCUUUGAGCUCUCUUAA